AGGGAAAUGCUUUUCCUAUUCUUUCAUAUUCUGAUAAGGAAAAAUGCUUUUUUCUCCUCUAUCUGGAUUCACAUAAGAAGCUCUUCUAUUUCGGAAUUAAAGGCCCCCUAAUAUGCCUCUGCAAAAGAAAUGGCAUGAAUAUUCUCGUCCAAUUCCUUGUGGCGAUUACCACCGGAGGAUAACCCAAGAACGUUAUUUCAAAGAAAACAGAGCCAGGCGUCAGUGGGAGCGAACAUAUGGUCCUAUUAUAGAUUUGUAUCGGCAUGAUAAGCUAAGUAUACCAGAUGAAACUUCCUCACGUGCAGAGCAGCCCUCUUCGUAUUCAGCUGACAUGAGAUGUCGUGAAGUCAUAUCACCCGACUGCCGUAAACAAGAAUCUGAAAUUUUAACUAGAAUUAUUCCCUCCAACCCAGAUAUCAAGGAAACCUUUUUACAAACGGAAGGACAUAUUUCAAGUGUACCUCGAUUUCGAGAGUUGAAAUUUCCACCCAAAUGUAAUCACGUAUGUGCUAGAAUGGGAUUCGAAUGUUGGAUGUGCGAUAGCAAAUAAAAGAGGAUUGCAAAAUUUAUUAAAUGGCAUAUUUGAAAGAGAAAGGCUUCAAACAAGAAGACAGUUUAUCGUUACUAAGUCAUAUUUUCUUUACCGAAUUUCUCUUAUUAUUCCCUUACUGUGCACAUGAUCUGAAUGAUACCUAGAUGCUUGAAUAAAAAAGUAAAUUAUUUCAGAAAUAAAAAGGAAUUGAGCUGUAACUUGACAUCAGCAUGGGAUGAUCAAAACG